AUGUCGCCUUUCCAGCUUCUGGAGAUCAACCUGAUCUCGGCGCAGGACCUUGCUACGGCGUCUAAAUCCAUGCGGACUUUCGCCGUCGCGUGGGUGAACCCUAAGCGGAAGCUAAUCACACGUGUAGACCAGAACGGCCACAGCAACCCUACGUGGAACGAGAAGUUCGUCUUCCGCGUCGGCGAAGACUUCCUCAAGGACGACACCUCCAAGAUCAUGAUCGAGAUCUACGCCUCCGCAUGGCUCCGGGAUGUCCUCGUCGGCACUGCUGCGAUCGUCGUCAGUAAUAUUCAAAACAACUCCAAGAUGCGGUUUAUGGCUAUCCAGCUCCGGCGGCCGUCCGGCCGCCCUCAGGGGAUUCUCAACGUUGGCCUGGGUUUGUUGGACAACACCAUGCGUAGCAUGCCUCUCUAUAGCGAGCUUAGUACCUCCGCCGUCGGAUAUCGGGAUAUCAUGGACGCAAAAGGCAAUAAAAAGUCGUCGAACAACAAUGGCUCAAAAAUGGACGAUAAACUUAACGCGUUGUAUCGAUCCCAGAGUGAGAGGACCACCAGCGAUUACGGCUUUUCAAAGAGCAAGCCGGCGAGCUCCAUAUCCAAUGCAGGUAACAAUUACACAAAGAAGGGUCCAGGCUCAAUCUGCAUUGGAAGUUCUAUUGUGAAUGGUUCGGAGCUUAGUUAUGCUACGAAAGAUGAGACCCCUAAGAAGGGUGGAACCCCUAAGAAAGGAGGGACUCCUAAGAAAGGUGGAACUCCUAAAAGUGGGACAAAGACCAUUAGCAACCCAAACGGCAAUGGCUCCAUGGUAAAUGGUGGCUCCAUAGUGAACGGGUCCUUGUGCUCCGACGUAGGGCCGUCACCUUCUGUGGUGGCUGCCGCCAUUGCAAAGGGAAUCUACCCCUUGCCGCAUGGGGCGUCGAAUACUGAGUCAGGGAGCUCAUUAAUGGAUGAGUGGGCGGAUGAGGACAGUGUGGAAGGGUUGAAGACCAAGAUCGAGAGGUGGCGCACCGAGCUGCCACCAGUGUACGACACCAAGAAUUCGAGUCAGAACAUGAAGUUGAUGCCAUCGACGCACCGGAGCAUCAUCCGCCCAAGGCCGAAGCGGAGGAGCCGGAGUAACCGCGCAGGGUUGUUCUCUUGCUUUGCAUUAGGUUGCGAGAUUUCUAUAUCUUGUGGUGGCAAAGGUAAGCCCAAAAAGAGUAGUGGAAAAGUUCAUCUUAGCCCAUCUGAACUUACUUACGAUGAUGACUCCUACGUACAAUAA